CUACCGAGUGUGCCGCCGGAGUCAAUCUAAGGCCUCUCGACCCGCCCAGCCAUGCGUCGUAUGCGUUGCUUCCUAACAUCGCCUACUUUGAGUUUGUCGAGAUACAGCCUCGUGAUGAAGAAACUCCUACUGUUGAUGACGAUGGCGAUCCCGGUGAGAUGAAGCUUGUAGAUCUUGUGGAUGUCAAAAUUGGUCAGACCUAUGAGCUGGUUGUCACCACCUUUGCAGGUCUUUACAGGUACCGAGUUGGUGACCUUCUCACCGUGACUAGCUUCUAUAAUGCAACACCAUUGUUCCACUUCUCGGGACGACAUGAUGUUAUCUUAAGUAUAGACCAUGAGAAGAUAAGCGAGGAGGAACUACUCAGGGCAAUUUCACAGGCUAUUGAGCUCCAUCUUGGCCCUCUUGGAUACAUGCUCNGUGGAAGCACCGCGUUUGCAGACAUAUCCAAGUUGCCAGGCCACUACGUCCUGUUCUGGGAGCUAACCAACGCAAGGAGUAACCACGUGGUUGGCGACAUCCCCGAUCAAUCCGUCAUGGAGAAUUGUUGCUCGACAGUUGAAGAAUGCUUUGACCAAAUGUACUGCAAAAGCAGGCAGCGUGCGAACAUCACCGCGCUCGAGAUAAGGGUGCUUGAGCAGGGUGCGUUCGACGCUCUCAUGGACUUCUUCGUGUCUAGAGGCGCAUCAGCGGGCCAGUACAAGACUCCAACGGCUAUUCGGUCAAAAGAAGCGAUGACUGUGUUGGAAGAGAGGCUGGUGGCAAGGUUCUUUAGCAAAGAAAUUCCCCGUGGUUAUCUAUAUGAUGAUUACGUGAAGAAAUGAUUGAUGCCCUGACGGGUUGAUUAGGGGACUAGUGUUCUACUCAUUUGUACGGAUACAUAUGUGUUAAUCCCCAUGGAAGUGCAAUAAAUAUGGUUAGAGACUACGCGCAAAAAAAAAGAUAUAAGACGUGACAUUCUUUC